UAAAAAGACCAACAACAACAACAACAACAACAACACAAAACUCUUGUCGUCAUGUAAGUCUGAUGUGUUCAUUAGUUCAAUUCGUGCUGUCGAAGUUUAAGUUGCAUGAAUGUUUUUUCUUCUAGUAGUUUAGGGCUUUUUAAAAAGAAGUUAGCUAACUGACGUUGUAGCAUACUCAGAAGAGAGAGAGCUAACCAAGCUAACAGAAACAAGCUUCGUCAUAUUUAUUUUGCGAACUUAAACAGACUUAUUAUAUGAAUUCCGUCAAAUGUGUCUGUGACAUUAGACAGUAAAUCAAUCUAUCGGAUGAAGGCUGUCGUUAAGAUAAUGAUUACAAAACGACUAAAUACCAUUAAUAACCAAUGAAUGUUGUCAUACAAUAUGCUAAUAUUGCUCUCUAUAAGCUCUGCUCGUCCUCAGAUGUUCUCCACCAUCAGAUAUAAAGCUCUCGACUAUGUGUUCGAGACGACCACCACAUUGAAGGUCAAGAUGAGUUUGCUCGCACUGCCAACACCUUACCUGACCGGUGCCCACGACCUGUACCCUCACGCUGGCAAGCUGCCUGAAGUCGCCUACAGGACCCCGUGGAUCAGAGGAAAGGUGAUCUCUACCUGCAAUCUAUUCGUCGGUGGUUCUGUGCUCGAAGACCUGCAAGUGACAAAACAGCCAGUUAAUUCACCCGAAAGAUUUAAUUUGACUCCAAAAGAGGGGAAAGGGGAUGUGGAGGAGGAGAUACCCAGCUCUGAUCCUGACUCACUCAAAGUCAUAGACCAGGAUGAAGAUCUCUGCGAGUCACAGACUGAUGGUCGAUGUCAGGAAGUCUUUUUCAAGUGGACAACUGACCAGAUGAAACCUGGAAAUCAGAACCAAGAACUCCUGCUGCCAGAAGAGCUUGUGGUUGUUGAUUACCUGCCACAAUUCAAGAGACAGUUACCCACGUUGAAAGCCAAACUUUCCAGGCUGAGGACGCUUCCUGUGGCCGACCCUCUGCUGAUCUCAACGGGAGACGCCAUCUCCGAGGAGACGAUAUUCAGGUGCUGUGCGUCUUAUGAAAAACCUCCCGGUGUGCAUACCAGUGACACUGAGAUGUGUGCAAAGAUACAUGAGGAGUUUGCUAAAGAGUUACUCAUAAAGGAAGAGUCUCUUCUCUUACCUGUUGUACUGGACUCUUUUAAUCUGACCACAGACAACUACAUCUCCUUCUCAAGCAUUUAUGGUCUUAUAGAUGUUGCUCCUGAGCUGCUGGAUGAGCAGCUUCCAGUCCUAGAUGUGCUUCAUCAAGUUUCCCUUCCAGGUGCAUCGGUAUCAGUGGACAUUUCCCAAUAUGAUUUACCAGACGACCCAAGGGAAGAAAGCAAAACAAAUGGACGUCUUAUAGACUCAGAUUUCAUAGGGCGUGUGGUGCUUCCAACUGACAUGGAGCUGGACGUGACUCUGACUCUGACCCCAAAGACCAGUCACGCUGAUCUCUGUCCGUCCACUUCUGAACUUGAGAAGGAAGAGUUGUCACCGCCCAAAAGACAAUCUUUGGUGUCAGCGAGAGCUCGCAAAGAGAUGGAGACGGCACUUUGGAAAGCAGAGAAGCAUCCAACCUCUGUGGUGGGCUUCCUGUUGGCAGAGCCUCAAACAUCCGAAGCAGCGGUUGACUUCCAGCCUCUGUCUGAGGCAGUGAAAGUCCUCGAAUCGGAGAAACAAAGCUUUAUCAGUGCCGAAGGGGAACUGCAGUCAGAGGUGAGGACAGGAGCCUCGCAGGUGUAUUUGUGCAGCAUCCGAGAGUUCACAGAGAGCAUGAGGUCCGAGUCUCCCCCCACCAGAGAGGCAAAGACGGAAGACUUUGAAAAACUGUCACCUGAACCGGACCUGUUUGGUUAUUUCCUCAAGAGUCCGACAAAGAAAACUCCCGAAGCUGAAGCAGAGGACCGUCCUCUCCAAAAAGAGAUCCUCGCCAAUGAUCCGUCUCAGAACAGCCUGCUAAUGCAACACAUCAACGCAAACAUUAAGGAAGUCAAAGCUACAACCUUAAAAUUUUCAAAAACUGCAGCCGCCACCACUUACACCAAAGAUGACAUUUCUGACGUGAGGUUCCCCAAAGUCUCAGCCGCUGCUUCUGCUCACAAGAAAAUCACAGCCUCGGGUAGAGACCGCGGGACAGAGCCGCCGAGAGUCCACGCCACCGAGCAGACUGUGUCCUACAGACACGAGAUCAGAGACGAUCACAGACAUCAGCCGGUUACCAGACGUCCACCUGAGAAGGAACUCGACCCUCUCUCCUCAUUCAUGAUGCUUAGAUCCCAGCAGACGACUCCAGUUACUGCAGCGACCCAGAGCUCAGCCGGCACGCCAGCACCAGAGGUCGACCACAAAACACCACCGUCUGAGCUGCGAGCUCCUCCACAGCAGAUACAAAGAUCGGACAGGAGGCCGACGUAUACGAGCGGUGCUGUGUCAGGAAAUGCAACCAGAAAGCAGGAAGGAGCUGGUCAGUGGAAAGGUCAGGUCGUCAUUCAUCCCGUCAGCCAGUCGAUCCCUCAGGAGAGACAGGAGAGCAGAGUAAUACAGGUCCAAGCCACAGACAGCCAGUGUCGCGCCUACCGUGAGUUGCUCGCCGUCGCUCAGCCUUGUCUGAGCUCUGCCAGGCAGCUGGGGCUCACCUUUCCGGCGUGGGGAGACUUCAGCGGCCUGGCCCCUGACCAAACACACUUCCUCCUCAAGCAGCAGGAGAAGAUGCUCUGCAGAGAGCGUGCACACGGCACAGAGCGGGUCACAGAUCAGGAACUGCUCUUCAAACAGGCUUCUCUGAUUCAUGGGCUGGUGACAUUCAAGGAGCUGCUGCUGAAGUGCGACCUCAGCACUGCAUUGGUGUACUUGACCAUGGCCGCCGAGGCGUGUUCGGAGCCAGGUCUGCAGCAGCUGGUGAAGAGGCUGCAGAUCAUCCUUUUCCUCAGUCACAACAACCAGGAGCCCGACCUCAAACUGCAGGAGCUGCAGCAGCUGCUGGCUGCACGGCUGCACAGCAUGACAGGACAGAACAACUUGGAGAAAAUUCUUGUCAUAUUAUCAGUUGACUCCGACGACAGCAGAUCUACAAUCAUCAACAGCUUGAGCCAAGUGGCCGGUGCAGCAAUAACUGCGGUUUGUCCUGAGGAGAACAAGACCAAACUGAACAGUGCCAGUGUUGUCGGCAGCGUGUGUGACAGUGUGUGCACGGUGGUGAACGAGCAGCAUAUAGGCCCCGACUUCCCAUGGGACAGCUUCAGUCUGGUGGUGGAGUACGAUCAUCCAGGCCAGUCUCCAUGGUCCACAGUCUGCAGAGAGAGGAGCAUCAGUCACUUCACCUUCAACACCAGCAUCUCUGACACUGAGGAGGAGAAAGCCUCUUGGUGCCUGGAAGACAACGUGCCUUAUGUGUUGUUUGUGACGGACAAGCUCCUGAACCGUCCACUGCUGCUACAGACGCUGGAGUCAGAGUUUAAUAUGACCGUGUUGGAGCGGAGCCUGUGUCCGUCCAUGCAGAUGCUCGGAGGGAGCCAUCACUACGCCGUGAUCACAGUGGAUGAAAGUACUGCUAUCGUCAUUCAGGAGCAGGAGGAGCUGGAUCAGGAACAAGCCAGUGAGGGACUGGUGAUGAGGCUGACUGCUCUUUCUCUUCAGUACAACCGCUGUUGGCUCAUCCUGCACUGCCCGGACAUCCAGGGAGGAGGAUUUUCCAGCGAAGCCUUCGGUAACGUGGUGUUGGUUUAUUCGUCCCUGGUGCUGUUUGGAACGAAGUCCAAGGAUCUAGACGUAAAGGUGCUGAUCGUGUCGGAGGUUUUGGAAAUUGCCAAGUGGAUCAGUCAGAUCUGCUUCCACUGCCUGACGUCCAGUGACAGGGAUCCUCUGGGCUUCCUCAACAGAGACUGGUUGACUGUGAUGCCUUCACAGGAGGAAAAGUGUCUGUUGCAAUUUCCGAGUAUCAGCCCUCUGGUCGGUCAGCUCAUGCUGAAGAGAGCACCGUCCUUCCAGUGGCUACUGGGGGCCUCGCGAUCUCAGCUGAACGAGCUUCUCCCCGAGGUGCCACAUAAAGUCCUCAAGCUGUUCAGUGACACCACCGCCCUGUACACACGGAUCGCCGUCACCAACCAGCCAGAGACUCAGACAGUCGUCGCCGAGACAAACCAUCAAACCUCCCAGCCGCACCCCCCACCCACCACCUCCCAUCCUCCUCCAGAGCCGUUCUGUGGCCAACACAACGCCAGCUUCCUGUUCGGAGCUGAGAGCGAACAGGACCCCGGCCUGGCGGUGUACGAUGAAAACUCUUCAGAUUUCAGACUCGACCUGAGGAGCUGUUCCCCUGGCAGUCUAGGUGUUUACCUGCAGAACGUACCGGUGCGGACAAGCGAUGAGCUGUGGAGAAAGGAGGCAGAGUUUUCUGGACUGAAAAGCAGAGCUGGAGCCGUGGGCAGAGUCGUGAGGAGGGUAAACGACGAGUGGACACUCGGGCCUUCGCCGAACCUCAGCGGCUUCAUCAACUUCCUACGCACUGCUGACGACAGUCCUCUCAGACUGGACUCCACAUUCAGCUGCAGCCCUGUGCAGCAGCAGCCGCCUGAGGUCCACGCUCAAACGUACACAUACUAUGACGACAAUCACGUCACCCGCAGGCCGAGCACCCCCACAGGGCUCCCGCUGUGGGGUCAAGGCGAGAGCAGCAGCGACUGGCUCUCCGACAGCAACGGAAUGACAGCAGGUUCAGUCAAGUACGGCUCCAAUCGCUGGAUAGGACGAGAGAGGAAGAGGAGAGGAGAGGCUGCAGGCUUGGCUGGAACAGUGUUGACGCCACUGAAGAAAGGGAGGCUGAGCUAUGAGAGGGUUCCCGGCAGAAGUGACGGACAGACGAGGCUCAAACUGUUUUAAGCACGAACGCUUCCUCAUUCCUCUUUGUGGAGACGAGAGAGAAAAUAUCACGUGACAGUUUUGUUCAAUUCAAGUUGUUUGUUGCAUUUUAGCUUGCAAGUUUUUAUUCAGAGGAAAUUACAUUUUAACUUGACCGCAAAUAAAAGUUUCCAUUAAUUGGAUCAAAUCUCCACAUUUUAAAAGCAACAUUACCGUUUUCUUUUUGAAACUGUGAUGGCAAUAAAAGAAAAAAAGGUUGGAUGGAACGUGAUUGAUCAAAACCUGUUUAGUGACUUAGUUCAUAUUAAAUACUAAUAUAUAAAAUACAAAUAUAAAGCAUUAUAUGUUCAUACUUUAAAAAUGUUAUUUAAUAAUAAUUUAACACUAGUUUUACUUGUUUAAAGACUGACGUUUUUUUUCACAGCAUUGAUGUAGUUAUUUGUGAUUUAUUAAAUUAAGCCUUUAAACACUUGUUCAUUAUGUCAUUAUUUAAUCCUGCCUCCUGUAACGUCUCCUGUUGAUAUAUAAACAGAUAAUCAAUGGUAAUAUAUAAUAUAAUAUAAUUUUUUUUUUAUGUCUUGAUUUUAAGUUAAACAUUAUAGUUGUUGAAAAUUAUGCACAUAAACAUUUAAAAAACACCUUACAUCUACAUUGUGUAAUAAACCAUUAUGUUU